UUGAAUAAAGAUUAGAGAAGGAAUCAAAUUGAAGCAGAGAAACCAAUAUCAUUUGACAGUGAAAGAAUCUUAAAGAAUCAAAAACAAGGAAAUACUAUAAGUAAUUUCACUUUCCAAGCAGCACCAAUGGAUGAGGAAAGAAUUACUGAGAUGAGUGAAACAAAUUCUGACAAAAACAAAAUUGAUAUGAAGGAACUGUAGAAACCACUACUACAUAGCAAUGGUUUCUAUUAAUGCUACUAGAUAACAAUGGUUUGUUGAUUAUAAUCACUACAUAGGUGACUUUUAGGUACAAUAACUGGAAUAUAAGUACAUGUAGUUUUCGUGUAAAAACAAUAAGCUAAAAUGUCACCUUAAUUAUUGAAAAGAUUCAAGAGACGAGUUCCUUUAGUGUAGCCAAUCCUUCACGAUGAAAAGAUUAAUUAGUGACUUUGCAAAAACAACAACUGGCCAUGGCUGGGGAAAUAUUCAUGAGAGAAAAUCAAAGUGUACAAAAGUAGCAUGGUUAAUUUUCUGCAUAGCAAGCACAAUCGCCUCUAUGGGCCACGUUACAUCUAUCAUCUACAGGUACAGCCUCUUUGAGACAAAGGACAGGGUGUUAGUAGAACGCCAAGAUCUUUUAUUUCCUUCAGUCACUGUAUGUCCACUGACCCAGCUUUCUAAACAAGGCAUUUCGAAAUUUGUUCAAGAUAUGAUGAAUGGAGAAGAUGCAGCGUUGCCUAUAUCAGUCUUGCAACGAUUAUUUUUUGAGAUGGUUCAAAUAGACCGUAACUCAACCUUGUUCACAGAGGUAUCUUCAGAAAAACAACAAUUCUAUGAAAAGUUCUACAAGAAACUGUACAACUAUCAAGGUUUUUAUGAAAAUGUACCAACGAUCACAGAAUAUGGUCAUAAGAAACGUGACUUUAUCUCAUCCUGUAUGUAUCAGGGAAAACCCUGUUCAGAUGAAGAUAUCCAUUCAGUAAAACAUUACUAUUAUUUUAACUGUUUUACAUUUAACAAUGUCAAUACCACACUUUCUAACCCUUACAUCAAUUCAACUGGCCCAACAGGUGGUCUUUCACUGCAGUUAUUCUUAGACAAAGAUGAGGAUUUGUUUGCGAUAUUCAACGCAGAGUACCCAACUUCUGGGAGCCAAGGUGUCAGAGUUGUUAUACACGAGAAAGGGACACUACCAGAUCCAGAAAAUGAAGGAUUCGAGGUGGAAAGUGGUCACUCUGUAAAUGUAGCAUUGUCUGCUAGGCGACGUGAUUUGAUGAAACCACCCUGGGGAGAGUGUACUGAUCACCCUCUAUUAGAUGAAGGGGGCUUUGCAUACGACUCACAAGUUUGUCAAAUGAGAUGCCUCCAGAAGAUGGUUUAUAAAUCGUGUGGAUGUAAACUUGGAUCAUUACCCAUGUACCCAGAUAUAGAAGAUGUCCAAUUCUGUAACAAAAUUCAGUAUAACGAAUGGUUAGAGAAAAAUCCAAAUAUAACUGCACUGCUCAAUGACUUGGAGAAGCUACAAUGCGGGAUGAAUGAAUACAAUUGGGAUGUUGUACUUGACCAGGAUGACUGUCAAUGUAAGGACAACUGCAGCUUCCACACAUAUGACAUGACACUCUCACAAUCUCAAUGGCCAAAACAGGGGGUAGAAUUCGACUUUUAUUGCGGGAAGAUUGCACUCCUUCCAAAUUAUAACAACUCCAGUGUUUAUAAAGCUUACCAUGACCAAAUGAAGGAAUUUUGCCAAAAAUUGUACGUGGUUUAUUCAACCAGCUGGAAUGAAGUGAAACAAGAGAUAGGAGAUAGCUUUCGACAAAAUUUUAUCCGUUUGAAUGUGUAUUUCAAAGAUUUGAAGACAAAUAUAAUCAAACAGGAAGCUGAUUUUACGCUUGGGUCAAUGGUAUCAGAGAUUGGUGGAAGUCUCGGAAUAUUCAUUGGAGUAUCGAUAAUUACAAUGGCUGAGGUUUUCAUACUUUGCUUGGACAUUAUAAGGGUAUUAGGAGAAAAGUCGAAAGUCAAGUCAUCACAAGAUCCAAAAGGUGUAAAUCAUGGUUCUAAAUAA